UGUGUGUGUGUGUGUGUACAUUUCCUAUUUAAUGUGCCAGUCUACUGGACCAAAUGUCAUGCUAAUGACUCUUCUCUGUGUGUCCUGUGUAUAGCUGGCUGUCAGAAGCUGAAGAGGCUGUUGAGCUUUGCCAUUGGUGGUCUCCUUGGUGACGUGUUCCUGCACCUCCUUCCUGAAGCCUGGGCCCACUCCUGUACUCCAGAAAGAGGUUAUGAGCAUCACUACCGUAGUCAGGGGUUGUGGGUGCUCCUGGGACUGAUGUCCUUCCUGCUGCUGGAGAAAAUGUUCCCUGAUGAGGACACCCCCAACGAAACACCAAGAGUCACUGCUUCGUCUCACAGUAACGGCUUCUGUCAUGACACCAAAGCAGCUUCCUCUCACCUGCAACCACCAAAGAAGAUUAAGAUCAGUGGUUAUCUGAACCUCUUGGCAAACUGCAUAGAUAACUUCACUCACGGCUUGGCUGUUGCUGGGAGCUUUCUAGUCAGCAGAAAGGUUGGGUUUCUCACCACCAUUGCCAUCCUGCUUCAUGAGAUUCCACACGAGGUGGGUGAUUUUGCCAUCCUCCUGAGGGCGGGCUUUGAUCGCUGGAGUGCCGCACGCAUGCAGCUCUCCACAGCACUGGGCGGAGUCCUGGGGGCCUGCUUCGCCCUCUCUGCCCAAUCACAGCGUGGCGCAGAGAGCGCCACUGCCUGGAUCCUGCCCUUCACCUCCGGGGGCUUCCUCUACAUCGCCCUGGUGAAUGUGGUACCUGACCUCAUGGAGGAGACUAAUCCCAGGCAGUCCCUGCUGCAGAUCCUGCUGUUGUGUUGUGGCAUUGCAGUCAUGGCCAUUCUCUCAGCUGUCGUCGACUGACCCCCCCCCCACCCCACCCCACCCCCCAUCAGCCUGGCCUUGAGCCCAGCGGAAGAGCGCCCUCCACUGGACACAGACUGAACGCCGAUGUCUUCUGAUGCUAUUAAAGCUUUAAAGACUCAGACUGAAACAGCAGCUGCAGC